GCUUUGGAGAGUGGUGGACAGAAGGCACUGCGCAGGCGCAGUAGGUAGUACUCGCUUGGACAGCGGCGGUUGAGGAGGGAAGAUGGACGAUUUCCAGGCUUCAGAGGAGACCUCUUUUGUGGUUGAUGAAGUGAGUAACAUUGUAAAAGAGGCCAUAGAAAGCGCAAUUGGUGGUAACGCUUAUCAACACAGCAAAGUCAAUCAGUGGACAACAAAUGUAGUAGAACAAACUUUAAGUCAACUUACCAAGUUGGGGAAACCAUUCAAGUACAUUGUGACCUGUGUGAUUAUGCAGAAGAAUGGAGCUGGGCUGCAUACAGCAAGCUCUUGCUUUUGGGAUAACACCAGUGAUGGAAGCUGCACAGUGAGAUGGGAGAAUAAGACCAUGUACUGUAUAGUCAGUGCCUUUGGACUGUCAAUUUAACUUUCCUGGAACUGUAUGGCCUCAUUUUUUUUUAACCACUUCCAUUCCAUGGUCUGUCUACGUACUGUGAAUUCAGCAAACUUUUAAAAGGUUUUAAAAGUAUCUUGUACUUUCAGAUGUAGGGGGGAAAUCCCAAAUGGCCGCUGUUACAUGGGUUACACACUUCACUUUGUUCACUGUCAGUCGACAUCCAGUAUUGUUACUUUGUCUUAACUCUUCAAUACUUCCAAGUAUUCAAAGGUGCUAAAAAUGAAAUCUGCUGCAGCAUGACACUUUUUCUAAUUUCUGAAAUGAUUUAUAUAAUACACUAACUUCCCACUUUAUACUUUUCUUAGGAGAAUAAUAAAUUAUUAAAAUUCAGAAAUUCUGGUGUUGGGUUUUUAAGGUUCUGGAAAAUCAGAAUUCAUAGUCCUAGACAUCCAGUUGAAAAAUCAACUGUGGAAGCUUAUUUGACUAUACCAUAAUAAAAGAGAGGCAGGGGCAGCUGGGUGGCACCGCAGAUAGAGCACCAGCCCU